AACAGUGUGAAAUCAGUAGAAGCAAGCUAGUAACAACAAAAAAUAAGGUUGGUCAAGACAAAAAAGUCAGAAGCAGUUUCUGAAGAAUAAAGAGCACAGAGGAGGUAACAGAAUGUUUUCCAAGUGGUGGCAGAUGGGCGCGGCUGUCGUUGGAGCGACGACGGCCGUGGUCGCGGCAAGAACACCGGGUGGCGAGACGGGCGUCUCCCACGAACGGGAUGCGCGGCUUCCAGUUGCCGCCGACGUUGACUUAGAGAAUAUCAAAGGCUAUGCCCGAGAAAUGAUUUUGAGGUGCCAGCAAGAAUACGGCGCGCCCGGCAUCAGCCUGGCGGUUCACAAGAAUGGACGCCCGCUCUGGGUGGAAGGCUUCGGUUACGCGGACGUGGAGAACAUGAUGCCGAUGUCGCCGCGCCACGUACUCCGUAUCGCCAGCAUCAGCAAGAGCCUGACGACGCUGCUAGUGGGUCGGGCCGUGGACCAAGGGCAGCUGGAUGUGCACGCCCCGAUCCAGCGCUACCUGCCCGCAUACCCGCGCCGCGCCUUCGACGGCGAGCAGGUGGACAUGACUAUUGAUCAGUUGGUGACGCACAGAGGAGGAAUCAGGCAUUACUGCCAAAAACAUGAGGUGGAAGAGAUUAAGAAGAAAGCAGAGAAGGUGCGAAAAAACAAGCUGGCGCAUGUGAUACUUUCGGAAGAUGAAGCGAAUAAAUCGGAUGGGCCUGUUGAAGAAAUAGCAAAAAAUGAGAGAGUGAACAAAAGAGAAGGCGGGGAAAAAGACAAUGCCAUGACUGUGCCUGCUGGUGAAAGAAUGGCCUUAAAGAAAAUGAACGACAAGGUCAAGAAAUCUAGUGAUCAGCGAGAAAUUGACAGAUCCGAUUUUCAGUUCAGGGAAUUCCGAACCCAAACCAAGUAUGAUUCUGUUGGUGAUGCCCUGAGUGUAUUCAAGGAUGAUGAACUUGUUCACAAGCCAGGCAGUGACUACCACUACUCGACACACGGCUUCACUCUGGUCAGCGCCGUCCUGGAGGCGGCCACCCAAACGAAGUUCUCCACGCUGCUGAAGCAGAUGUUUCACGCACUGGACUUACGCGACACCUUUCUGGACGAGAACGCGCCGAUCGUGCGGCACCGCGCCAGGUACUACGUGCAUGGCAGCGGCGGGCGGCUGCAGAACGCUCCGCACGUGGACAACUCGUGGAAGUGGGCGGGCGGCGGUCUGCUCUCGACGCCUGCCGACCUGUGUCGCUUCGCCGACACCGUGCUGUACAGCUGGCAGGCUGACGAGACGGCCUCGCCGGCCGGCUACCUGAGGCCGGCCACCGCGCGCUGGCUACUGGCAACGGACGUCACGAGCGCCCGGGUGCGCAGGAUACACAGUCUGCCUGACUAG